GAGGAUAACGGCUCGUGCAACAUUUACAAAACGCGUAACAGUUCCUUUAUUUCCUCUAAAUGCAUACUCCUAAUAAAUGCACUGAGGGACAUUUGGUGUGUUGUGCUUGGAUGGUCUUGCAGUGGGCUGCCUGUGACACGCUCCGCCCGGGUCGGUGCGUGACGCUACAAGUUAAUUCUAGGGUUUAGUUUUCUACUGGAUUUCAUCUGAAGGAGGGUUUCGAGCAGUGCCCGCCCUCAUGGGUCUCUGUUCGUUCUUGCUCUGCUCAGUGAGAGAGGCUGUCCACGUAAAUGAAACACGGAAUAGCUCAUUUUAGUGCCCCGCGGGACCGUGGGGGGAGCGCAGCCACCGAUGAUGAUUGAAGCGCCAGAGGAGCUGCGGUAAUCGGUGACCCCUCCGUGGUUUGUGCCGCUGCUCGGUGGGAGGAUUCACUUGGCACUCGGUCGCAGUCGCAGAGAAGCACAAGGCCAGGUUGAGCCACUGAGAGGUUUUUUUUGUUGUUGUUGCGAUGCCAUCCGUGGAUGCCACUGCGGACCCGGCCGUGGCUCGACACCCCCCCGGGGAGCGUGCGGCCGGGGUGCUGUGGUCCUUCGGGAAAUGCCUGGGUGCGCUUCUGCCCGUCUACCUGGCCGGGUACUACGGCUUCAGCAUCAGCGUGGUCCUGUUCGGUCUGAUGAUCUACAUGGGAUGGAAACACAGUCGACUGGAAAAAGUGAUGAAGCUCAAAUCUGCAAUGUACCUCCUGGAGAAUGAGCAGGAAUUCACCACUGCAAAGGUUUUCAGAAGCAAAAGGGACCUGCCUCCCUGGGUCAACUUUCCAGAUGUGGAGAAAGUGGAGUGGCUGAAUAAGAUCCUGCAGCAGGCUUGGCCCUUCAUUGGCCAGUAUCUGGAGAAGCUGCUGGUGGAAACCAUCGCUCCUGCCAUCCGUGCAUCCAGCAUUCAUCUGCAGACGCUCAGCUUCACCAAAGUCAAUAUAGGGGACAAAGCUUUGAAGGUGGUGGGUGUAAAAGCUCACACAGAACAUGAUAAGAGACAAGUUAUGUUGGAUUUGUACGUGAGCUAUGCCGGUGAUGUUGAGAUCAAUGUAGAAAUCAAGAAGUACUUCUGCAAAGCUGGAGUGAAAGGAGUACAGCUACAUGGGAAACUGCGUGUGAUCCUGGAGCCACUAAUCGGAGAUGUUCCACUAGUUGGAGCCAUCACUAUGUUCUUCAUCCGCAGACCUAAACUGGACAUUAACUGGACUGGACUGACCAACCUGUUGGACAUCCCUGGGUUGAAUGCCAUGUCGGACACUAUGAUAAUGGAUGCAAUAGCCACCCACCUGGUGCUCCCCAACCGUCUCACUGUUCCCCUGGUGGCCAACCUGCACGUAGCGCAGCUCCGCUCCCCUCUCCCAAGGGGAGUUGUACGUAUCCAUCUGCUGGAGGCAGAAAACCUGACUGCCAAGGACACGGUGAUCAAGGGGUUAAUCGAUGGAAAGUCUGACCCAUAUGCUGUGCUGAGAGUAGGAACCCAGAUUUUUACGUCUCAUCAUGUGGACAGCAACCUGAACCCACAGUGGAGAGAGAUGUAUGAGGUGAUUGUCCAUGAAGUACCUGGUCAGGAGUUGGAAGUGGAAGUGUUUGACAAAGACCCAGACCAGGAUGACUUCCUGGGGAGGGUCAAAGUGGAUCUUGACAUUGUGAAGAAGGCCAGAGUUGUGGAUGAUUGGUUCAAUCUGAGGGAUGUCCCAUCCGGCAGCGUUCACCUCCGGCUGGAGUGGCUGUCUCUGCUGUCCUCUGCUGACAGACUCAGUGAGGUCAUCCAGAAGAACCAGAACCUGACCAAUAAGACAGCUGAUCCCCCAUCUGCCGCCAUCCUCGCCGUCUAUCUGGAUCAGGCUCACGCACUGCCGAUGAGAAAAGGCAACAAGGACCCGAGUCCUGUGGUGCAGAUUUCUGUUCAGGAUGCAACUAAAGAGAGCAAGACCUGCUACGGCACCAACAGCCCUGUAUGGGAGGACGCCUUCACCUUCUUUAUCCAGGAUCCUCGUAAACAAGAGAUUGACAUUCAAGUGAAGGAUGAUGACCGGGCCUUCUCCUUGGGCAGUCUGACCAUCCCUCUGAGCCGUCUUCUGUCCACCCCUGAACUCACUAUGGACCAGUGGUUUCAGCUGGAGAACUCAGGUUCUGCCAGCCGCAUCUUCAUCAAAAUAGUGCUAAGGGUUUUGUGGUUGAAUGAUGAAGCCACUCCUACGACUCCAUCUCCUCGUCCCUCGUCCUCUGGGUCUGGGCCGGGUCACGGGGGAAUCACGUCAGAACUGAACCCAAUGGGACCGGGAGGGUUAGCUAAACCUCAACCAGCACGACCACAACACACCACACCUGACCCAGAGUUCGCAACUGAGGGAGUUCUGCGUAUCCAUCUGAUAGAGGCACAAAACCUGAUCGCCAAAGACAACUUCAUGGGGGGCAUGGUAAAGGGGAAGAGCGACCCCUAUGUUAAGAUCCGCGUGGCUGGUAUCACCUUCCGCAGCCACACCAUCAAAGAAAACCUCAAUCCCGUCUGGAAUGAACUCUAUGAGGUGAUACUGACUCAGCUUCCCGGUCAGGAGAUUCAGUUUGAGCUGUUUGACAAGGACAUAGAUCAGGACGACUUCCUUGGAAGGUUCAAAUUAAGCCUCCGGGACAUCAUCAGUGCACAAUGUAUUGAUACGUGGUACACUCUGAAUGAUGUGAAAUCAGGCCGAGUUCACCUGGUGUUGGAAUGGCUGCCUAGAGUCUCUGACCUUCCCAGACUGGAACAGAUCCUGCAGUACCAGGUCCAGCAAACCUACCAGAACAAGGUGGUGCCAUCAUCAGCUGUGCUCUUUGUGUAUGUGGAGCGUGCCCACGGCCUGCCGCUGAAGAAAAGUGGAAAAGAGCCAAAAGUCGGGGUUGAGAUUGCCCUUAAAAAUGUCUCGCAUCGAACCAAGAUUUGUGAACGUUCCACUUCACCUCGAUGGGAUGAAGCCUUUCACUUUUUGGUCCGGGAUCCCAGAGAUGAGACACUUAUAGUCAAGCUUUCUCACAGCUGGGGCCAGGCUCUGGGGUCCGUGACACUCCCACUCAGAGAGGUGCUGGCUGACCCAGGGUUGGUCCUGGAUCACUGGUUCAGUCUGGAUGGAGCUCUGCCAGAGAGUCAGAUACUACUGAGGGUCACACUCAAGAUCUUGGACACUCAGCUGGCAGUGUGUCGUAGGCCUCAAGGGGACGAUGAUGAAGUCAUCCCCAGAUGGGUUCCUUCCCAUCUUGACAUCAGAAACAGAAGUGGAUUCUCCAUCACUGCUGAUAAUGCUGGUGCACAGGGUCAGGUGAAGCUCACAAUCGGAUAUUCCAUGGAGGAGAGCAGGCUUUUCAUCACUGUUCACGCCUGCAGAGGUCUGACAGCCUGCUCUAAGGACGGUGCAGACCCUUAUGUUACCUUCAUCCUGCUGCCGGAUAAGAAAGCUACAACCAAAAGGAGAACUGCCACCAAGAAGAGAGACCUCAACCCAGAAUUCAAUGAGAGGUUUGACUUUGACUUCUCACUCGAGGAGUCCACACAGAGAAGACUGGACCUUUCUGUGAAGCACAGCGUCUCCUUCAUGAGCAGAGAGAAGGAGCUCAUUGGAAAGUUGCAGCUAGACUUGGACCAAAUUGACCUCAAGACUGGUGUUACACAAUGGUAUGAUUUGGUAGCAGAGGCCAACUAGAAGAAUCGCUGCUUGAUCUUCGGUACUAUAUAACAUUUAGUGUCGUUUUUGUGACCUGUGAUUCGUGUGUUUGAAUAUUCAGCUUAUAUGAAAAUUUCCACCAUCACUGAAGAAAAGAUGAAUUACAGUAUCUUCUCCACGAAAACAAUCCAUCAGUGUUUAUGAAAAAAGUCACUUUCCAUGGAGCUUAUCAUCCAUACAGCUUUAACUGUGUUGAAUUCAUGCUGUCUUAGAUUCUUCAGUAGAAUACUUUGGCUGAAUAGAAAUUUGAUAAUGCAACUGUGUUGCAAGAUCUACCGAGAUUAUAUAUGUUUAAAUGCACGUAUAUAUGUUGUUAGAAAUGUAUUUACAGAAGGGCUUAUGUUGUGGUUCACGUCUAAAUGUGUGACAAUGUUUAAUGGAUUUACAGGUGAUUCCACGGAUUUUUAUUUUUUACUAUUUCAAACAAUUCCCAAUUUUCUUGUGUUUCUAUAUGUCUCUAUUAUUGCCUUAAGUAUUAAGAAACUGUGCACAGUUUGUCAGUGUUUAUUAAUUAUGAUCCAAAUGAAGUUUUAUAUGUUUUAACCAGAGCUUUAUGAAAUAAUGUUGGUUUUAUAAAUUGAAGUAUUAUAAACCUAGACCCUCACAUUUACCACUGAAAACAGAGGUGUAAGCAGAGUCUAAAUCACUGUGCUUUUAUGAAGAAAAACAACUUUGUAAAUGCUGAAUCCACAUGGCUAGAGCGACACGCCCACGCUUCUUAGUGUUUAUAGAGCUAAACGCAGGUUGAUGCUGUCAGCCAUGUUUAUACUUUGUUUCUAAAGGAAAACAGUUUGACCUUAUGAAAGGCAAGAAAUAUAUUGUACUCCGACAGCUUCAUUGUGAACUCACCACAAAGGCUUAGACGCCGAUGUGUAGAAGUGCAAAAAGAAAAUAGUGUCAAAACAUGAAGAUAAAAACUGCUGUGCUUUGCCAUAACCAGAACAUGUCAUCAUGCAUCUGCUUUGAAGUUGAUGAUUAAAGUUUACACUUGAAUGAA